AUGGACCAGCCCUUAAGGACUCCUUGUGAUGAGAUACGAGAUGACAUCACUGAUUUUAAAAAUGUUCAUAAACGUGUUGAUGAGAAGAUUCCUCCAGAAGUGCCUCUUGCUUGCGUGAUGCUUUGGGACGCACUUCGGGAGCAAACGGGACUGCCUUUUAGUCUUGAGUGCGCGUUCGUAGGCGCAAAUGGCUAUGUGCAGGUCCUGCGAACUGCUUGGCGCCCCGCUCUGCGUCCACCCCCGAAGCUGUCCGAGGGGGUGCGCUGGCGUUGGUCACGUCCCAUCACAUUCCCAACCGUCCCUGUGUUCGGGUGCGUGCGGGAAUCGGAGGACCUGCUGGCCUCCUUUCGCCCAGCAGCACGGCUCCCAGCGACUGGGUCUCCAGCUUUCAUCCCGCGAACUGUAUUGCCAGAUGAGAGAGAAUUUCAGUAUGCUGCUAAAAUGAACAAUUUGGAAACCAUGGAAAAGCUGUUUAAAAAGAAUGUUAAUAUAAAUGCUGUAGAUACUCUAAAGCGCACUGCGUUCCAUUUUGCUGUUGCAAGAAGUCAUACAUCAGCGGUGGAUUUUCUUCUCCAUCACAAAGCUAGACUUGAUAUGGCGGAUCAGCAUGGCUUGACAGUGAUUCAUCUUGCAGCUUGGACUGGAAAUCUGGAUAUAAUGCGAAAAUUAGUUAAAGCAGGCGCUGAUCAAAAGGCUGAGAAUGAGGAAGGAAUGAAUGUACUGCACUUUGCAGCUCAGAACAACAGCAUUAAAAUAGUUGAUUAUUUUCUCCAAGAUCUUCAUCUGAGUGACUUGAACAAGCCUGACGGGAAAGGUAAAAAGCCAUUUCUUCUGGCAUCUGAAAAAGGCCAUGUUGACAUGAUAAACAAUUUGAUUUCUCUGAAGCUAUUUACAUCUGAAAAAGAUAAGGAGGGAAACACAGCAUUGCAUCUAGCAGCCAAAAACGGUCACAGCAAAGUUGUAGAAAUUCUGCUCGAACAGUGGGAAGAAAUAAAUGACCUCAAUCAGAAUGGAGAAACUCCGUUUUACUUGUCUGUUGAAGGAGGUCAUGAAAAGUGUGCUGAACUUCUACUGGAAGCAGGGAGUGACAUCAAUGUUUUAACUCAGAACAGCAGCAGUGCUUUGCAGAUUGCAAUUCAGAAUAGACAUCUAUCCUUGGUCACUUUUCUUAUUGAUAAAAAUAUUGACCUGGUCCCUAAACCUGAGCAGAAGAAUUCCCCACUCCAUUUAGCAGUCAUCAAUAAUCAUCUACCAGUAGUAAAAAGCCUCUUGGAUGCCAAUCAUGACAUAAACUCCUUAAAUCAUAGGCAGGAAACCCCUCUACAUCUGGCAGCUGAUCUUGGCAAUGUGGAGCUGGUGGAAGUGCUGCUGAAGGCAGGCUGUGAUCUGAAGACCAUGGAUAAGCAUGGAAAAACUGCACUAGCUGUGGCAUCAAGGAGCAAUCAUGCCCUCAUUGUAGAUAUGAUCAUUAAAGCAGAAAGGUAUUAUGCCAUGAAACAGGAACAUCUAGCUUAUAGUGAUGAGGGGUCAGACUUUGAGUUGUCCUUCAAACAAGAUCAUAGUAUACAGACCAAGCAAAUCCGUUUCUCCCUGUGGAAUCUAGCAUACAACCAGUUAAAACCCCAGGAAUGGAAAAAAAUGGCCCUGUUCUGGAAGUUCACAGAUGAACAUAUUAAAGCUAUUGAAGAACAAUGGACAGGAAAAAAAAGUUACAAGGAACAUGGAAACAGAAUGUUGCUCAUCUGGCUACAUGGUAUAUUGCUGGCUCAUCAGAAUCCUGUCAAGCAUAUAUAUGAAGAUCUGGUGGAAGCAGGAUUUCAGCAUUUAGCUGAGAAGAUCAGAGCAGCAAGUAGCGCUGACAUGGACUCCAGAAAAUGUGCAAUUUCAUGA